CAACAUGUAUUUAUACUUUUUUCUUGUUUCUUGCAGGCUACACUUUAAAGGAAGAAGAUGAACCUUUCCAUCAGGAUGUUUUUGGAACAGAUUUCCUCCGCCAGCCUCUUCAUCCUCCCUUCAUCUGUCCUGAUAUGACUCCGUCUCCCAGCGUCCCCACCUCAGUUGAAUAUGUCAAAGCUGCAGAUGUCAAAGUCAUCGCCGCACUGGGAGACUCUUUAACUACAGCUAUUGGUGCCAAUGGCUCUACGAUUUUAUCCAUACCUUUUGAAUUUCGCCACGUAUCUUGGAGCAUCGGAGGAUAUGGGACGUAUCAAAAUGUCAUCACACUGGCCAAUAUUUUCAAACUGUUCAGCCCCGAGCUGCUGGGUCCGUCCCCGGUUCGGAUGCUCCACGGUCAGCCGGCGACCGUCAACGAGACCGGGUUCAACUUCGCCGUCACCGGACACAACACACUAAACGUCUCUGAUCAGAUAAGACACAUGAUCGACACGUUCAAGUCCUAUCCCGGUCUGAACUUUGAAGAGGACUGGAAGGUGGUGACGAUGAUGAUCGGCAUGAACGACAUCUGUGAUUACUGUAAAGACAAAACUCUGUUCUCCCCCGACAGAUUCACUCACCACAUGACAGAAGCUCUGGACAUGAUGAUGAAGGAGAUCCCCAGGACGAUCGUCAACGUGGUGCAGAUUUUCCCCAUGAAGCGUCUCAGAGACGUCCAGAGGCCGACGCUCGGCUGUCAGCUGCAAAAGAGUUUCUGCUCGUGUCUCGUCCAACCUGAAGAAAACUCCCCUGAUCUGAAGGAGCUGGUCGAGGUUAACUACGAAUUUCAGAGGAGAUUAGAGAAGCUUCUGCACGGCGAGCGUUUCUUCAAAAAGGACUUUGCUGUUGUUCUGCAGCCUUAUUUAGAGAAGGCCGUACCUCCAACACUUCCUGACGGGACGAUUGACUUGAGUUUCUUCACGGCAGAUUGUUUCCACUUCACUGUUAAAGGACAUGAAGAGCUGGCUAAGGGACUGUGGAACAACAUGUUCCAGGCUAACGGAGAGAAAGAUAAAAUAAAGAGUUUUUCAGAGCCAAUAAAACUCAUCUGCCCAACAAAGGAGCAUCCUUACAUCUACACCAGACCUCGAGUCGUGUCGUCUGCACCGAAGCAUUCCUCAGUGGUGCUGACGAUGUUUCUGAUCUGUGGGUUUCAUUAUCUGUAGUUCAACAGGCACAGAAACCAAUCCUAAAACAAUCUCAGGGAACUAUGUGUAAACGAUGUUGUAAUAAAAAAAAAAAUGGUGGGUUAAGCAUGGGGUUAAGUAAAAAAAUAUAUUAA